AUGUUAAACAAGCGAUUUUCGAGAUUUGCAAGUCCCAAUGAGCGACGCACAAUCAGUCGCGAGGAUGUCGGUUUUUACAACGCACUCAUCAUUGCAGGCAUUUAUGAGGUUGAGAAUGAAGAGACCGACAUUACCUCUCCUUGGUCAUUCAUCCAACCUCUGAGACAUUGCAUAGAGAAACACCCCUUUUUGAGCGUGGUUGUCAAGGACAAACACACCGAACAGCCGGCCUUUGAAUCAGUCUCCAGCAUCGAUCUCCAUGACCACCUUUUGAUCACCGAGAAUCACAGAGUGGAACAUACAAAGGAGUUCGAAUUGUUUGAAAAUGUCCUGCCGCCGAUACUUGAUCGACCGUGGCCUGCUGACAUACCACCGUGGCGAGUCAUCGUGGUUCCACUCGAGUCAUUGCCUGGCUCGGCGACUAAGCGCCUUUUACUGGUUUUCUCAUUCUCUCAUACUCUUGGUGAUGGCAUGAGUGCAAUGGGAUUCCAUCGGACUUUCUUGGAUGGAUGGCGAAAGGCUACCAAAACGGAUCACACGGGAUCUUUCUUGGUUGAACCCCCUAAUCAACCUCUGUCCGAUCCAUUUGACACCCCUGAGAGGCUACCAAUCUCAUGGAGCUUUCUGCUUGCCCCGCUGGUAGCAGUGUACCUUCCAGCUUUCAUAACAAACCUGCUUGGUCUUAGACCGACUGCCAGUCCAGUAAAUGCUGGAACUUGGACCGGCUCAUCGAUCUUCUUCAAAUCACCCCCUGCGCCACCGAGUCGAUUGAGAAUCCUUGAGAUCGAUGCUCAAGUUGUGCAACAGGCUUUGCAGGUUGCAAGGAGCCACAGCACCAAGCUCACGGCAACAAUGCACCAGUUCAUCGUCCGGGCAUUGAGCAAAGCCAUCCCGGAUCCCGGUAUAACCAAUUUUGUCUCCGGGACUGCAGUUGAUAUGCGCAAGUCUAUCGGCAUCCCAAGUGAGGAAUGGGGUCUUUUCGUAAAUGCCCAUUAUGAGACUCAUCCACGUGCCUUCGACACAGCCGGGCGCACCUUGUCCGAUGAAAUGUGGACAGCCGCGAGCUCAAUGACUCAAAAGCUUGCCGAGUGCGGAACUAGACUACAAGAUCAAGCAGUUGGGCUACUGAGAUACGCACCUAGCAUCCGCAAUUGGACUCUGGGGAAGAUUGGGAAACAGCGGGAUUGCUCGUAUGAAUUGAGCAACUUGCUUGCCUUCCAAGACAGUCUUGGCGAUACACAGCAUGGGAUCAAGGUUGAGAAAAUGUUGUUUACCCGCCCUGCCAAUCCUAUCAGUGCUCCGCUCGAGUUCAAUGUCGUAAGUGUCAAGGGUGGAAGCUUGGUCUGCAUUGUGAGCUGGCAAGAAGGCGCUUUGGGGGUCCCGCAAGAGGAUGAAAUGUCACUGGUGAACGGAGUUUUAUCAUCAGUUCAUGCGGACUUUGAGGCUUUGGCUGAUUGA